AUGACUGGAAGAGGAAGAGAGUUAGCAGAUGUUUUGAAACGACGAAGAGUGAAUGUUGCCUGUUUGCAGGAAACAAAAUGGAAGGGCAAUAAAGCAAGAAAGAUUGGGGAGGGAUACAAGUUUUAUUAUUGUGGAAGUGAUGGGAAGCGAAAUGGAGUAGGAGUUGUGUUAGAUAGUGGAAUGAAAGAACGAGUGACAGAUGUGAAAAGAGUAAAUGACAGAAUGAUAGUUGUUAAAUUAAUGAUUGAAAACAAAGUAGUGAAUGUUGUAAGUGUGUAUGCUCCGCAAACAGGCUGUGAAGAGAGUGUGAAAGAGAAGUUUUGGGAGGAAUUUGAUUGUAUGAUGAUGGGAAUACCUGAGCGUGAGGAUGUUUAUAUGGGAGGAGAUUUUAAUGGACAUGUAGGGAGAGUGAAUGACGGGUAUGAAAGAGUACACGGUGGAUGGGGGUACGGAGUGCGGAACCGUGAGGGGGAAGUUCUUCUGCAAGCAGCAUGUGCUUUCGACCUGGCUGUAGUAAACACGUGGUUCCAAAAACGAGAUCAGCAUCUUGUUACUUAUAAAAGUGGCCACCACGCGACACAGAUCGACUAUAUUCUGAUAAGACGGAACCAAAUCAAGAGUGUAAAAAACUGCAAAGUGCUUCCAGGUGAAGACUUAGUAUCCCAGCACCGAAUUCUGCUGGCUGACAUCUGCUUAACUGUUCGCCUCAACAAACAUAAGGAUCGUCCCCCACCCAAAAUAAAGUGGCAUUUGUUGCAUAAGGAGGGGUAUGCAAGUGAAUUUAGAGAGCUAGUUGUAAACAAGAUGAUAGAGAUGGGUGAUAUGGAAGGAAUGAGUGUGAAUGAGUGCUGGAAGGAAAUGGCUGAUUGUAUCCGAAGUGUGGCAAGGAAGGUGUUAGGAGAAACAAAAGGGAAGCGUAUGAUAGAUAAGGAUGGGUGGUGGUGGAGUGAAAGUAUUAGAGAAGUUUUGAGAGAAAAGAAAAAUGCCUUUAAAGAAUGGCAGAGCGUAGAAGACUAG